CAUCACCACCAACGACGACCGAUCCUCCAACCACACACACAGCCAGGCAACAACAACUACAACAACAACACCACCACACGCUCGGCACCCACGCAUCACCGCCAGUCACUACCGACCAGCAACAGCAGCAAGCAUGUCCUUCGAAGACUCGUCAGCACUAGAGUCGCAGCCGACGAACUGGCGGCGCGAAGACGACCCCCAGUACGCCGACGACCCGGACUACAAGCGCUUCACAUCGCAGCUAUCGGACCAGCUGUUCUCGCUGACGUCGAAUGUCACGCGCCUGUCGAACCAGAUCGGGCUGCUGGGCACCAAGCGCGAGACGGAGCGGGUGCGCGAGCGGGUGCGCGACCUCAUUGACGAGACGACCAGCGGCUUCAAGGACAUUGGCGAAGGCUUGAAGAAAGUCCAGGCUUGGCCGGACCUCGGCCCCUCCCAGAAAUUCACCCAGGGCAAACUAAACCGCGAGUUCAAAGCCUCGCUCACCGAGUUCCAAGUGCUGCAACGGCGAGCCAUCGAAAAAGAGCGCAGCAGCAACGCAGCCGCGCGCGCAGCACUCGACGACGCCUCGUCGCCGUCGCACGAGCGGACGCAGUUCCUCGGCCCAGGCGGCCAGCAGCAGCAGCAGCAGCAAUCGCAGCAGCAGAACCAGGUCCUCGAGGACCAGCUGCGCCUGGCGCCGCAGGACGAGGUCGACUUCCAGGAAUCCCUCAUCAUCGAGCGCGAGUCCGAGAUCCGCAAUAUCGAGCAGAGCGUCGGCGAGCUGAACGAGCUGUUCCGCGACGUCGCGCACAUGGUCCACGAGCAGGGCGAGCAGCUCGACAUUAUCAGCGAGAAUGUCGAGGGCGUUCGCACUGAUACCCGUGGCGCUAAUACCGAGCUGAAUUCUGCGUCGAGGCAUCAGAAGGCCGCAAGGAAUAAGGCGUGUUGCUUGUUGCUGAUUUUGGCCGUUGUCUUGACUAUUGUUAUUUUGGCUGUUGUGUUGGGUUGAGCGGGGAGCGAGCGAGUGGGCGACCCAGCGAGCCAGCGGGGGAGCCAGAGAGGAAAUGGGGUAGGGAGGGGAGGGGAGGAGGGAGAAGGGGGGGCCAAGCCUGCUCUCCCAUCAUAAGCUGUACAGUCGUUCUUGUUCUUAUACCCGGUGUUGGAGAGUCUCAGAGUCGUUACCAUGCAGGCGUUUUUGAUGGGCUUCCCUGUCUCCUACAGCACAGCACAGCACAGCACCUAAGCCGCGCAGGCUUUUCUCGUGUCGUUCUUUCCUGCAUUUUCUUGCUGUAUCAAUCAGAUGUAGACUUGCUUUCGUGUCUCUUGAUAUGUGUUACGGCGUUUAGUUAUAUCAUAUCUGCAACAGACGUUCGACAAAUUCCAUCCUUUCUCAGCGC